ACUGGCCUGAUGAUGAAGCAGCAGUGGGUCCAGUGGCACUGAUGAACAUCCGGGUUUCCCGCUGGCACCGCUGCUGUGGCUCUCAGGAGCCAUCUUGGACGCCGUUCAGUAUUUCGCAAGUCAGUCCCUCCUGCCCCCUCCAACUUCCCCGGCUGAGGGAAGAAACACGGACCCACACAAGGGGGCUUCGCUUCUGCUCCAAGCGUCCAAACUCAGGCUCGCACCGAGAGCUCGUCCAUGCUGCUGCUCUUUCUGCCCGGUCAGAAUGAAAUGCUGGAUGUUUGCGGCAGCAGGGACCUUCUUUCCGAGCGAUACAUUGUUGUUGUGAAGAGCUCGUGUUGGUAUUGUAGCGCUGAAGAAUUGCGCGCAGGCCUUCGCGUUCAUGUGUUUCAUUUCAUUCUUAAAUGCUUUCACGGCAUAAAGGACGACAUUUAUCGCCAGGAUCCCCGAAGGAAGGAACAUGUUUGUUACCUGGCUGACUUUUGCACUCGUCUUGUGCACAGGAGGCAGUCAGGCGGAGGUGGAGACUAGAGAGUGCAUCUAUUACAAUGAUAACUGGCGGACGGAGAAAACCAAUCAGAGCGGUUUUGAGAGGUGUGAGGGGGAGAAAGACAAGAGGCUGCACUGUUACGCCUCCUGGUUAAACUCGACUGGAACCAUCCGCCUGGUCAGAAAAGGCUGCUGGCUCGACGACUUCAACUGUUAUGACCGGCAGGAGUGUGUGGCUACGGAGGAGAGUCCACAGGUGUUCUUCUGCUGCUGUGAAGGAAACUAUUGCAAUGAGAAGUUCACACACCUCCCAGAAGCCAUCACUCCUGCAGUAAAGAUCCAGCCUCCUCAGCCCGGGCCGUCUCUGUGGGGUGUGCUGGUUUAUUCUCUUCUUCCUUUGGCCAUUCUCUCUCUGGCCCUGGUGCUCGCCUGCUGGACGUACCACCAACGAAAACCACCCUACAGACACGUCGACAUCGGCCAGGAUGCUGGUGUUCCUCCACCGUCUCCUCUGGUUGGCCUGAAGCCGCUGCAGUUGCUGGAGUUGAAAGCCCGGGGGCGCUUUGGCUGCGUCUGGAAAGCCCAGUUACUGAGUGAAUAUGUGGCGGUGAAAAUAUUUCCCAUCCAGGACAAGCAGUCAUGGCAAAACGAGAGAGACAUUUUCCUCACCGAGGGUUUUAAACACGAGAAUAUUCUGCGCUACAUCUCAGCAGAAAAACGUGGCACGAACCUUCAGAUGGAGUUGUGGCUGGUCACAGAAUUCCACGAGAGGGGUUCGCUAACAGAUUACCUGAAGGGGAACCCGGUGAGCUGGCCUCAGUUGUGCCAUAUUUCAGCAAGUAUGUCCCGUGGCCUGGCGUACCUUCAUGAAGACCUUCCUUAUCGAGCAGAGGGACCCAAACCUGCCAUCGCUCACAGAGAUUUCAAGAGUAAGAAUGUCCUGCUCAAGACGGAUUUGACCGCAGUGAUUGCAGACUUUGGGUUGGCUGUCUGCUUUGAGCCUGGGAAACCGCCUGGAGAUACACACGGCCAGGUGGGAACGUGGCGUUACAUGGCUCCGGAGGUGCUGGAGGGAGCCAUUAAUUUCCAAAGGGACGCCUUCCUAAGGAUCGACAUGUAUGCUCUAGGACUGGUGCUGUGGGAGCUGGUGUCUCGCUGCACCGCCUCCGAUGGUCCUGUAGGUGAGUAUCAGCUGCCCUUUGAGGAGGAGGUGGGCCAACACCCCUCACUGGAAGACCUUCAAGAUGUGGUGGUCCACAAGAAGAUGCGGCCGGUUUUUAAAGACUGUUGGAUCAAACAUCCGGGUUUGGGUCAGUUGUGUGAGACCAUCGAGGAGUGCUGGGACCACGACGCAGAGGCGCGUCUGUCAGCGGGCUGCGUGGAGGAACGUAUCUCCACCCUCUCAAAGACAACCAACACCAUCAACACGUCUACCUCGGAGUGCCUGGUCUCCAUGAUGAUUUCUGAUAGUGACACGGACCUUCCUCCCAAAGAGUCCAGCACCUGAACGCCCGCCUCCAAACAUCAGGGACUGCGAACCACUGUGUUCAUCACUCCAGUAAAUGUGAACUUUGCUGCUAAUUUGAUCUCUGGAUCGUCAUGUAUCUCAUUUCUUCUUGCAUCGUUGGAUGGCUUUCACCAGCACAUUCAUCUACUGUACUCCUCCAAGAGGAAGGCACACACACAAAACCUCAAAAUCUCGGAGAGCAUUCAGGGGAUUGUUUCAGACUGCUGGGAUAUGAGCACACGUUACCUCAUCGGUUUAAAUGCCAUUUUUAAGUUGUUUUUUGCCUUCACUCCAUGAAUACCUCCAUCCAUAAUUCUCUACCCACUGUUUUUUUCAAGAUUACGCGACGAUCUGAUGACUGUUACACAACCUUCCAAGAGCACACAAGGUCCUUUUUGUACUCGGUGAAUUUUAAUGUAGUUUUAAUGUACCCUUUUCCCCUUUGAAAUGUCUCGUGGGAUGUUAUUUUUGCUAUUUCCGGCAGUUGUCUGGGACACUGGAAGCUGAGGGCAGCGGGACUGUUAUGAUACGAGUUGCCUUUCGGAGCGUCGGAUUGGUUUUAAUGUAGCAUCUUGCUUAUGUUAAAGUAUCUGAAGUCAGACGUGCCAUCAUCACCGCUGGCGUGUUUCAGCGCUCGUUGUUUCUGAGUGACAAGAGCUGCAGUUGAAGUAUUAGUUCUGCGGUUUGAUUUCAGUCACGGCUAAAUGUUUCGGUACAUCAGGAAAGUGUGUGAUGUUUGUCCACUACACUACUCAGGUAAACUCCGUGCAUGUGAUUGUGUGACCGCUCACUCUUACAGCAAUAGUUCUCAGCAGUUUGGUGAAUCUCACAAAGAAAAAUCUGGGUCAUAAGUCAUAAAAUCGAAAUAAAAAAAUAUAGAAUUAUACAUUCAUGAAAAUUUUGCUCAGUGAGAGUAAAGCUUAUUUUUGGGGAGAAGAUUUUUUGCAUUGCGGGAUUAUAUCAUAGCUGUUAAGCACAUUUUAGCACAUCAUUAGCAUAAUGGAAAACAAAUAUUUGAAUGAAAAUAUCACACAUAGAUUUUUUUUAACACUUUUAUAUUAGCGUAAGGAAUUUGGUAAAAGAAAACAACAUUAAAUAUUUGUACAGAUGUGCUUUACAAAUAUAUUUUUCCUUGCAUCACAGUAAUGAGAAUUUUUUUUUGUUUUCUUAUAUAUAUAAUGUUGCAAUUUAAAACAAAUCAAAAUGAUCUUAGUAUUAGCUUUAUUCUCUUUAUGCAGCAUUUCAUUUUGUAGAAAAUAAAGCUUUUGGGACAAUGCAUAUUAUCAUUACUGUAAUGCAAAAAAAAAAAAAAAGUACAUUGUUGUUUUUUCCAUUUAAAUAUAUUUUUUCUGCCAUCACAGUAAUGAUGAAUAUGUUUUUUUUGCAUUACCGUAAUGACAAUCCAAAGAGCUAAAAUGUCAUAAAUAAUGUCACCGUAUUAAUAACAAAAAUGAUAAUGGUCCUAAAACAGGCUUUACUAAUUUAGCAAAAAAUAAAGAUCCUUUCUUGUGCCGUUCUAAAAUGGCUCCUUUAUCAACUAAAUAAUGUCAGAAUAUAAAAACACCAUAAUGGUCCUGAAAUAGGCUUUAUUGUCUUUAUGCAACAUUUAGUCUAGCAGAAAAUAAAUUUCUUAUCAUAAAUGUCAUAAUUAAGCAACAAUUUUUCUAAAUAUUUUGAAAAUGUUAUUGUCCUGACACAACAUUUAAUUUAGCAGAAAACAAAGUUAUUUUUUGGGCUUUUAAAUCAUUAAUGUCAUAAUUAAGCUACAAUGUUCUCCCCCAAAUUAUCAUUACUGUAAUGCAGAUUUUUGUAAAUUGAUGUUAAAUACAACAAAAUGACCUAUAUAUAUUUACAAUUGUUUAACAAUUUAAAUAUAUUUUUCUUGUAUCACAGUAAUAAGAAUAUUUUUUUCCAUUACAUUGAAGAGGAAAAAAUGACCUGAAAUGUCAUAAAGUAAUUUCACAAUAUAAAAAAAUCAGACAGUCUUAAAAUAUGCUCCAGUCUCUUUCUGCACCAUUCAAUUUCUUAUUGUUUUUGGGGGGUAAAAUAUGACCCAGGCUUUUCUUGAUUCACAUCUCAACAGUGGCGAUAUCUCACGGCUCGCCUGUUUCCCGCAAUAACUUCAGCGUUGGAGACCGAAUGUCCGUAGUGCUGUACUCUUCAGUCAUCUCAUGACUUUAUCAGAUUAGUCAGCGUAAAACAUAUACGAUCACUGAAUCUCAACCGUCAUGUGCUCAGUGAUCAGAUAUACCUCAGAUAGUGUGACUUUUUAUAUCUAAAGUAUUUUAUUCUGUUGUGUGGUAGCAAUAUAAUUUAAUAUCCAGCUGCUUUUCUGUGAUUUAAAGAAAUUUUCUUGUGUUUUUGUUUUUAACAGAAGGUGCUCGAUGCGUUUUAUAAAGUGUUUAGCUUUGAGUCAAGCAUCUGCAGGUUCAAUGGCUUCUGUGGUUCAGAUGAACUGUUCUCUGAGGACAUGCAACCCUGUUUUAUUUAGUGUGUGUAUGUUUGUUUGUGUGGUACAUGUAUCUUCUUCCCUCGUCUCCAUCUUAUCAAUUGUAUUAAGUUGGUUUUCUCUAUUAUCAAAUCAGGGAUUUGAAAAAUAAAGUAUUGCAGUGCAAGUUGUGCAAAUGUAGUUGAAGCCAAACUUUUAUGCUAUCAGGUGUUGAUGUGUGAUGUAUAUAAGUAAUGUCAGCAGAUCUGCUAACUGAUGCUAGUUGAAGCAUCUUUUACUCUUGUUAUAUUUCUCUGUUUCACAUAAAGAAACCCUAACAAUUAUUUGUAUGUUAGGACUACCUGAGGAGUUUCCCAUGAUCCUUUGCCAGCUCAAAGGUGGCUGGAUUCUCACAAGGGAUCAGGAAUGAUGGAGGUUUUUUUUUUUUUUACUGCUGCUGAUGUAGUAAAUGUAUGUUGUGUUGCCCCGGUUUGGGUCUUUUCAGAUUCUGCUGCCAUGUUCAGUAUUUUAUUGAAUUAAACAUUACCCAUGUUUAUCACUUAAA